CACGCACAUCAACAACGACCCCCUCCCGGUAAACGUCGCGUCAACUGGGUGCCGCAGGAGCACACCGUCCAGAUCGAGAACCUGCGCAGCAAGGAGGACUCGGUCACGCUCGACACCGCUGGGUUCCAGUACGGUCGCAGCCCACCCGCUCACAAGGACUUCACCAGCGACGAGGCCAUCAAGGCCGAAUACUACCCCGAGAGCAUCGAGCUCUUGAAGAAGAUCACCGGCGCCAGCCGCGUCGUGCCCUUCGACCACACCAUCCGUCGCCGUCGCCCCGGCGAAGCUGACGACUCCCCCGAGAAGCGUCAGCCCGUGCCGCAGGUGCACGUCGACCAGACGACCGCGUCGGCCGUCGCGCGCGUGCACCGACACCUCCCGGCGGAGGAAGUGCCUGCGCUCCUCGAGCGUCGCUUCCAGAUCAUCAACCUCUGGCGCCCCAUCGGGCGUCCCGCGUACGACUGGCCGCUCGCGCUGUGCGACUAUCGCAGCGUCGACCCGAACGGCGACCUCGUCCCGACCGACCUCAUCUACGAGGACAGGGUCGGAGAGACGAACAGCGUGCGCUUCAACCCGAACCACAAGUGGAAGUACUUGCGGGGCAUGACCCCGGAGGAGUAUGUCUUGAUCAAGUGGUAG